AUGGUGACGUGUGUUUCUGUGCUGUCGCUGCAGGUAUUACUAUCCCUGACAGUCCUAGGCCCGGAUAUCUCCUGUCAUGCGUCCGAGGUCUUCACGGCCAUCAACGACAUCGGUCAGGCCGUGGCCGCCGGCCGGCUUCUUGCAGACGAAUUGAAGGGCUACCUGGUACGAGAGGAGGACCGUAUUCAGCGCUUACGUGGUAUAAUUGAUCGUCUGGAGAAUGCCACGCACACUUACUCAGCUCUGACGAACAAUGAACUGGAUGAGGAGCAAGUAGCCAAUCCGGUGUCGGUGUUUUUGACCAUCAUCCAGAUGGCCUCUGAUUGGUCUAAGGAACUGAGCACGCUCUUCGGGGAGUCGGCGGCGGCGGAAGAGUCCGAAGACUUGGCGCAGAAUGAGACGCCUUCGAGUCAGUACGAUGAAUUUGAUUCACGGCAUUCGAUGUUCCUGCGUCUCAAAUGGUACAGCGAACUGCUGCCCGGCACGAAGGAUAUUGACGGUGCAACAGAUGCUAUCUUGCGUCUACAGCAGACCUAUGACAUUCCGGCCAGCGCAGUUGCUGAUGGCCACAUACUCCAGACGUCGGAAUCUCCUAAAUUGAGUGGUACGCAGAUACCCGUUCUGCAUGCUUGU